UACCCGAGCGGCACAAAAGACGAUGUCUCUCACAAAUCUGGCAUACGAGUAUCGUCUCCAUUUAAUGGGAAGGCUUUCCUUUAGAAUCCGCCAUAUGAAAGACAUUUGGCUAAAAACUACUGGCUAUCGCCUAAUUCUAUCACCUUAAGUUAGUUAUGUGUUGGACUAGUGAAGAAUUUCUUAAGCUGCCUUAUGGUAGCCUUAUUUAGAGUUAAUGGCAUGUGGGGAAGCACCGUAGCGUCAACUGUUAGUGGUAAAUUGAUACCUCGGUUAUUUUCGCUGAUUUCUGAAGGAAAAGCCAAAGGAAGUGCCAACUAAAAAUCGUCGUAGUGCAAACGUAUGCCUCCGGCACGGCGAGUGUGUGCCGCUCGGGAUACUCGAAGAUAUGCUUAAUAUAAUCGAAGGAAUGCAAACUGCAUUUCAACACACAGCAAAAGUUUAAAUGUUAAUGCAAAUGUAAUGUUUCAAUGUAUCCACAUACGAGAGAAAAUUUCACAUAAAUUUAUGUAAUUCAUCUUGCUGUGCAA